AUGCGCGAGGCUAACCCGACGGCUCCGGUUGAUACCAUGGGGUGUGCCGAAUUGUAUUGGCGAGCAUCAUCUCCGCGAGACCGACGAUUUCAGACUCUCGUUGCGCUGAUGCUGUCUUCUCAAACGAAGGACACCGUCACGGCCGUGGCGAUGCAGCGAUUGCACACUGAACUUGGGGAUGGCGAAGCUCCUCUGAUAGAGACUAGUAUGAUCAAGGAAGAGCCAGACGAAGAUACUUUUAAGUUAGAAAAGCCUCUCAGAGACAGUACUUUGAAUCUCGAGAAUAUUCUGGCUGUUUCCCCCGAGCGCCUGAACGAAUUGAUCGGUAAGGUGGGCUUCCACAACAACAAGACCAAGUAUAUCAAGGCCGCGGCUAUCAUUCUUCGUGAUCAGUACCAGAGUGACAUUCCAUCCACUGCCGAGGAGUUAAUGAAGCUCCCCGGAGUAGGUCUGAAGAUGGCAUAUCUCUGUAUGAGCGCCGCUUGGGGAAAGCAUGAAGGUAUUGGAGUUGAUGUCCACGUUCAUCGCAUAACGAACCUCUGGGGCUGGAAUAAGACGAAAACACCGGAGGACACUCGCAAGGCACUGGAGUCAUGGUUGCCAAAGGAUAAAUGGCACGAGAUCAACAAGCUUCUUGUUGGGCUGGGACAGACGGUCUGCUUACCAGUAGGUAGGAAAUGCGGGGAUUGUGACCUCGCGGGGACGAAACUAUGCAAAAGCGAGAUCAGAGGCCUUGUAUCUAGCAGGAAGGUUGAUGCUAAGGAGGAGAGUGUUGAAGGCGGAGUGGAAGUAAAAAUCGAGGGGGAGUGA